AUUUCGUUUUUAUCUUAUUGUAAAUUCAGUUUUCCGGCGAUUUGAUGCUCUGCAUCAAAAUUUUACUUGUCACUUCCUGAUAUAAGUCCAAUUGUCAACCGUCUACGAUAUGCGCAUUACAUAGCGAGGAUCAGUUCGCAGGAAAGAGUUCCGAAGAUUGAUCUAUUUAUGAGUUAUUGAUUUCUACUCGGAACCCGAACGUCAGUUGUCAGGACUGGAAUGGUUACAAAAUCGUUGAUUAAUAUCAGGGAUUCAUAGGGAAAAUUCAGCUGAAGAAACCAACUUUCCAAGACAAUGGAGUCCAUCGAGAAAACCCUCAGUCAGUACCCAUCUAGUUUUAAUGUCGCAGAAACCAUAGCAGUAUUAACACGUGAAGAAAUUGUAAAAAUAAAGAACAAGUUGAUAGCUGAAACGGAUUCUUCUGUGAACGAAUUUAGCACAGAUAUGGAGAAAAUACGUGUAAAAAACUUACUAUCUUAUCUGUAUUUCAUUCUGCGAGAACGAAACAAGGCUGUCGAAUAUAACCAGACUGUUUUGGAACUUAGCCCCGAUAACGUGAUCGCUUUGUCCAAUAAAGCAUGGUUUUUACUGCGUGAUAGAAAGAACAUGAUUGCCUGUCAGAAAGUAUGCGAACGUCUUAAAUCGCUAAGAACUGACAAACUAGCUAGUAUAGUUGCGAAAGCUGAGAUAGCGUUCACGUAUUCAAGAUUAGGAUUAAAGCGUUAUCAGAAGGCUGUAUCAGAAUUUGAAAACGUCAUUUGGGAAUGCAAGAAAGUAAACGAAGGAACAGAGACAGCGUCCAGUUCAGUUGACACUCGCAAUAGAAUUCCAACAGAGUAUAUAUGUGUGUGGAUGUACGGCCGAGCUCUUUGUCAACACAGACUGUCGAAUUUGAAUAACAUGCAUGAUGUCUGGAAAAUAGGAGAGCUAAAACAAAACUGCAAGCUAACGUUAGACCUAUUUAGGAGUAUAAUAGAGCUGGAUGGAUAUGACAACGAAUGCAUUAAACGAUACAAAGCGAGAUCAUAUAUAGAGGUUGGUUUAAUUGCGUAUGAUGUUGACAAAAAGACCGCUGUAUUUCCCUGUGGAAUGGCAGAUCUUUUGUCUGAACAUUCCCCGCUUUUUAUGCAAACGACAGAUUAUUUUACAACAGCCCUUUCAUAUUUUCCCGAAGAUGUUUUCGUUCUUGAGCGAAGUGGAAAGUACUUCCGGUAUGUAGACGAUGUCGUACAAUCAGUACACCUAUUAAUCAAGGCUAUAAGAAUUAAGCCUACAUCGUUUGGAUACCACCACUUAGCCUUAUCCUUCAUCAGACUGCUUGAAUAUGAUAAAGGGACAUUAGUAAAUAGAUUACAAUCCUUUCCUCUUGAACACGAAGAGGUUCCGACCAAAACUUUGGACAAAAAGUGCACGGCAUUGGAUAUGAAGACGCAAACAAUCUACACGAAACUUGAGGCGGCAACUGAAUUGUCAAAUACAAAUUAUACACAUUUUAGUGGUCCUACAAACCCAAACGGUAAAACCAAAGAAUUUGUCACCUUACCACAAGGAGAAUCUCAUGAAAAAAAUCGGGUUUUAUAUGACAAAUGCUGGUCUGCAGAGGGAGCACCUCAACCUGUUGAUACCUUUUUUCAAAUGGGAAAGAAAGGGAAAGAUUACAGGAGUAAUCGAUAUAGUUAUGACAGACCACACUCCUCGUUCAGGAAUAGAAGAAAAGAUUUCAGUUACUUCGAUGAUAAAUCCAAGUAUUUAGACAAACCGUUUAACGCUCCUAGUAACAGCAAGGCAAACAUGUACUCCACAAAACCAGCAAAUAACAUAGAAAGGCGUAACUACCAUUAUGCAAGAGGUAGAAGGUCUACAUUAAACAGCGUCAGUUCACAAUUAGACGAAUCAGUGGUAGACGAACUAACUGAAACUUUUUCACAAACUGUUAUUCUUCAACGUAAAGACACACAAACAAAUUUACCUUCAGCAAAAGCGUACGAUAGACCACAUUCAGCGAGGCACGAUUCAGAAGCUGUUCACAAAUACAGAACUGAUGUUCAGUCCCACACGCCAACGUACAGAUUCCCGGGGCAAGAAAGAGCAAAUCUUAAAAGUAGUACUUCUAGACAUUUUCGUAAGAAUAAACAUACUUUUCGUCCUCAUUUUUCAAACGUUAAAUGUAAACCGGGCGUUAAAUGUCCACGACAUCCAAUACGAAUAAAUUAUGAGGAAAAUAAAGUUGUAGUUGAUACAAUCAUUGCACACCUUGACAAAGCGUCUGAAAUGUCAUCAAACAUUGUGGCAAUAUACGAUAAGGCACUGCUUUAUCGCCAGAUAGAACAAUCUGAAAAUGCAUUAGAAGUUUUAGAACAUUUGAUGCAAAAUGAAAAUGAAUUCAUUUCCAAGGUUAUGUUAGAAAACAUAACGAGCAGGCAGCUUUUUUGUUGGAAAUCUGCUGCUACGUUAAGAAAUAUUUUAUUCGAUAAAUUGAAAAUAAAACGAACAAAGACGACUCUCCAAGAGCUCUGGUUUUUGUACAAUAAACUAAAUGAACAUUUCGAAGCUGUUGAAAUUCUGAAAGAAUUGCAGCGUUUAGCUGAGGACGAAGAAGAGAAAAUUGAAAUUAUUGAAGAUCUUAUCAAACAUUAUCUAUGUUUGCGUAACUUUGAAGAAGCCGUUAUUGCCAUUUGUAUGUGCAAGCAACUGAGAGACGGCCACACACCAGUAGAAAAUAGCUUGUUUGUCCAAGUCUAUAUCGAGGCUGGAUUAGAUGCUUUUAGAAAGAAGCAUUACGAAAAAGCGCGUUUGCGAAUCAGAGAGGUUUUCAAAGUUUUUGAUGAACAUAAGCUCACUCCCGUGAAUAAAACUGCAGAUUUGAUUGAUGACGACGAAAGGUUUGACCUAUAUAUUCUGUCAAACCUAGACGACGAAGAAUGUGGACAAAAGCUUAUGGAAUUUCUCAACAAUCUUGGACUUAAAACAACGUUUAAUACGGACAGCCCUGCCAUUAUUCCCGGCACGCCAGAAAUAAUAGGUAUGACAGAUAUAAUGUCCAAGUCAAACUCAUUCGCGAUUCUUGUUAAUUUUGAUAUGAACGAUAAAAAAAUGCUGCAUAUAACAGAUAGAAUACAAAAGAUGGUGGAGGAUAGAGAUCAAAGGACUUUGGUUGUGGUGAUAACUUUACCCGAGACAGUAGAAAUACCGCCCGCCUCAAGUUACUCAACAUAUAAGAGGAUCUGCAUGGAUUUGAAUUUCAUCACAAAUGACCUACCUGAAAAUGAAGAAAAUGAAAAUAUUUUCUAUGACAGUGUCAAGAGUUUAUUAAUGUCGCUAGCACCUGCAGUCAAUGAUAUAUCAUAG